UUUCAGGAAAUCUUGCUGUGAUGAAUAUUAACAUGUAUGAGGAAAUAAACAGGCUUUCCCAUCACACUGAUGCAUACAAGCUCAGCAAACUGAUCAUCCGUCGGGGUCAAGAGUUCAUCAUGGGCAUUGUCUUCAAUCGCCAAUUUGACCCGAAAACAGACUUGUAUUUUAUUGAGUUCCUGAUUGGCAUGAACCCCAUCCGUACCCAAAAGACGUUAAUCAGCUUGACCCCUGGUGAAAAUAACCCGAUCAGUAAUUGGGGCAUCCGUGUGGUGGAGACCAUUAACACUGAGACUAAGUUGGGCAUCACACCAGCCGCUGACUGCAUUGUGGGUCUGUAUAGCACUUAUGUAACUGUUAUAACCAAUGCUGGAAAACAACGCUCUCAGAGAAAUCAGACAACAGACUUCUACGUGCUGUUCAACCCAUGGGCGCAGAAGGAUCAGGUUUACCUGGGCAAUGAAGAAGAGCGGCAGGAGUAUGUGCUGAAUGAUGUUGGAAUGAUCUUCAACGGAUACUAUAAUAAUAUUGGCAGCCGACCAUGGAAUUAUGGACAGUUUCAGAGUGGAAUUCUGGAAGCUUGCAUCUUCAUCCUGGAUUUUGGGAAAAUGCCCCUCCAGUACAGAGAUGAUGCUGUAAAAGUGGUUCGGAAAGCCUCAGCAAUGAUCAACUCCCAAGAUGAUGAUGGAGUCCUAGUAGGUAGCUGGAGUGGUGACUUCAUGUUUGGUACUGCGCCCACAGCCUGGACAGGCAGUGUAGAGAUUCUGCACCAGUAUUAUUCGGAAGGAGGUGUGCCUGUCAAGUUUGGCCAAUGUUGGGUGUAUGCUGGAGUGUUCAACACUUUCCUACGGUGCCUUGGCCUUCCUGCGAGGGUGAUUACCAACUACUGCUCUGCGCAUGACAACAAUGGUAACCUGCAGACUAACAUUGUGCUAAACGAGGAUGGGAGUCUGGACAGAGAAGUCUCAGACACCAUUUGGAACUUUCACUGCUGGAAUGAGGUGUUUUUGAAGAGGCAUGACAUGCAUGAAAAGUACUCAGGCUGGCAGGUGGUGGACUCCACUCCUCAGGAAAUCAGCGAGGGUUAUUACCGCUGUGGUCCUGCAGCUGCUGAAGCCAUCCACAAUGACCAUCUGGGCUAUGCUUUUGAUGCACAAUUUGUGUUUUCUGAGGUCAACAGUGAUGUGGUUUACUAUAAAAGAGACAAGUACAAAAACCUGAAUGUCAUCUAUGUGGACAAAACCUAUGUCGGAAAGUUGGUUUUGACCAAAAUGAUUGGCUCCAAUGAUUAUAAUGACGUCACAAAUUCUUACAAAUAUACUAAGAGUCAUUUGGAGAAUGUAUAA